AUGGUCCCUGCCUCGCUUUUAUCUUCCUCGUCCACCUCCACCCGCAAGCAAGCAGACCCACCUAUUCCCCAAAUGAUUCAAAACAUUGACAACGCCACUGCCAAGGGAACGUUCUUUGUGAAUGGAGAUAACUACGACUGCAUCUAUAGUGGAGGCAGCAUCGCAAGGCUCAAGAAUGCUUAUAAUAAUGGUCAUCAAAUCGCCUCGCACACCUGGUCCCAUUCGGAUCUAACUACGCUGAGUAAAGACCAGAUCAACAAUGAAAUGUCGCUAGUGGAGCAAGCGAUAAAGAGAAUCACUGGUGCCACCCCAGCUUUCAUGCGCCCUCCAUAUGGAGCAUACAACAAUCUGGUUCUCGAAGUCGCUGGUGCAUUGGAAAACAAAGUUGUCUACUGGGAUUUCGACUCGGGAGAUAGUACUGGUGAGUUUGAGUAA